AGUUUGUGUCUCGCGAGAGCAGCCGAGCACGGUCUUGUUGACGAGAUCUGAGGCGCUCAGGUGUAAGAGCCUCUCUCAUCCCCAGCAGUGGGAAACAGUAGACAGAUAAGUGCGUCUGAGAGACUGCAGGCAUCUCUGUGAUCUCCGGGCACGAGGCUGCUGCACUCGGUGCACUACAGAGCGAACCGCACGCGUCAUUACCGGAUAAGCAAAGAAGUCUCCGCGUGUCUGUGACCGUUUCCCAGCAGUUUCCCCUCUUUUUUUUCUUCCUCUUGUGCACUUUAACUGGAGAAGCUCGCCAAGAUGAUGUCCAUGAACAGCAAACAGCCGCACUUCGCCAUGCAUCCCUCCUUACCCGAGCACAAGUACACCUCUCUGCAUUCCAGCUCGGAAGCUAUAAGGAGAGCCUGUCUACAAACUCCACAGUUACAGAGCAACAUUUUCGCAAGUCUGGACGAGACCCUGCUGGCCCGCGCAGAGGCUUUGGCUGCCGUGGACAUCGCCGUGUCCCAGGGCAAGACGCACCCGUUCAAGCCCGACGCCACCUACCACACGAUGAGCACGGUGCCGUGCUCGUCGACCUCCACGGUUCCACUGGCACACCAUCAUCACCACCAUCACCACCACCACCACCAGAACCUGGAGCCUCCGGACAUCAUGGACCACAUCAGCUCCCAGUCUCUCACCCUGAUGCCCAGUGCGCACGACGGGACAGGCGGUGGAGGUGGUGGAGGAGGUGGAGGUGGCGGCGGAGGGCUCAUUUCCACCUCCUCUGCCCACGCGCACUCUCACAUGCACGGCUUAAGUCACCUGUCCCACCAGGCAAUGAGCAUGAACUCGUCACUCACCCACCACGGGCUCUUACCGGGCCAUCACGGGGGGAGUCAAGGCGGCCCAGGGCUCACAAAUCCCGGACUUCCAUCCAUCAAUGACUCGGACACAGACCCAAGGGAGCUGGAGGCUUUCGCGGAGCGCUUCAAGCAGCGGAGGAUCAAGCUGGGGGUGACCCAGGCGGACGUGGGAAGCGCUCUGGCUAAUCUCAAAAUCCCCGGCGUGGGAUCACUGAGCCAAAGUACAAUUUGUCGAUUUGAGUCCUUAACUCUCUCCCACAACAACAUGAUUGCGCUUAAACCCAUCCUCCAGGCCUGGCUGGAGGAGGCCGAGGGGGCCCAGAGGGAGAAAAUGAGCAAACCUGACAUUUUCAACGGAGGGGAAAAGAAACGCAAGAGGACCUCGAUUGCGGCCCCAGAGAAAAGAUCGUUGGAAGCUUACUUCGCCGUUCAGCCGCGACCGUCGUCCGAGAAAAUAGCGGCUAUAGCGGAAAAGUUGGACCUGAAAAAAAACGUGGUGCGAGUGUGGUUUUGUAACCAAAGACAGAAGCAGAAGAGGUUGAAAUUUUCAGCAGCUCACUGAUGGAAAAAGAAAGGAAAAGAAACGAGGGAGAAAAAUAAAAGUUGGGUGACUGAAUUUGGGGACCAAGGGACUCUAAUAAGACACCGUUUCAGUCUUUUGUCUCCAGCGACUUUACACGCUGGUGCACAGUGACACCCAUUUAUGAGGCUUCAUACAUCUUUAUUUUCACGUUAUUGGUGAAUGUGAAGUAUGCAAAUAACAGAUUCCACAAGUUUCGCUCAGUUGUUGCGAGGGAAAAGUUUAGUGACGUCAACAUUGCCUUUUAAAAUACGCGGAAAGAGGUAAUUUGAUACAAUAACGCGUUAUUUUCUCCAAAUAGGCCUAUUAUUUGAAGUAUAGCCAUUUACGAAUUACCUCAUUGAUUGUUGAAAUGUGAUUUUGGUUUGACUUUUUUGUCACUGUUCGUAUAGAGUUAUUCAUGAAUCUGCUAAUUUAUUAAUGUGUUCAUUUAAUCUUAUUUUGGAAGCUGCUAUGGACUCAAAUUUAGUUGCAAACUUUUAUGGCUAUCGGGAAAAAUAAAUUAGGCCUGCAUGGUUUCCUAAUUAUGAUUAAGCCUCUCCCAGGCUGUCAAAUACAGAUAUAUUUAUUUUGAAUUUGCACAAAAAAAGACCCUUUUAUGAGUUUGUCAUGUCGCAAUGGUUUGUAUAUACAGACAUCACUUUAUCACAAAUAAGAGCUCCUAAACUUGAAGGGUCUUUUGACACCAUUGGCGUCACAGGAAAACGUUUAAAACAGACCAGAGCACGAGUACCUUGUUCUUCAAGGAUAGAUCACAAUGAUUAUAAAAAAGAUCGACAUUUUCUCUUAUGUGUUUCAGUUUGCAGUGCAAACACUCUAUGCAUUUAAAAAGACUAACUGCGUACAGUAGUGCUGUCAGCUGACAGACCUGAUUUUGUGGAUGGUGUAAGUCACUGUUAAUGCCUGUUUUCACAUUAAGAUCACCUCGUUGUUUGUCGUGUUAAUUGUUACGGAAUCGUUGUGUGAGUAAAAUUUUACUUUGUGCACAAGUAUGUUUACAAAACAGCUGCGACAUGUGCAUCAUGGAAAAUGUCCCAAUGUCUCCUUCCCUCAUUCACAACAUCUCCACCCUCCUCUGUUGUCCUCUUCUACUCUCAUUGGUACUCUUCAUCUUGUAAGCCAAAACCCAACGGGGAGGUGUGUUCCAGCAAUCUUCUAAUAAACCAGAGAAAGAAAAAAGAGGUUUUUUUUUUGGUUGUGACAAGCUACACCCUCAACAAAUAUUCUCUUUGACUUUAUUAUUGGUGGGAUAAAUAAUUACACAUGCAAGCGGAUAAUAAUUUACAUGUGGAGCUAGAGGAUGUGCUUGGAAUAAUUAAUUUUUCUGUUUAUUCCUUCUUUUUCUUGGCAAAUUUAUUAUAUUUUUGUUAUUUUGCGAUCUGAAGUAAAUUUGAACUAAAUGAAAAAAUAAGACUGAGGUGUGAAUAUGCCUUAGUGAGAGGCAUAUUAAAUGUGAGACUGUCAAACAUUUGUUAUUUGGCC